AUGAUCGAUGCAGCGUCAGUAAGUACAUUUAUGAAUAAAUAUGAGGAUGAAGCAAUAGAAUUGACUGAAACAUUAGUUGAGAACAGCACACACCAUUAUGCCUUAAAUCAAAAUGGUAUGUGCAUGGGACCUAGGAAAGGAGGUAUUCAUGAUUUGCAAAAUGUAGAGACUGAUUUAUUGAUUGACAAAGUUGAGAAACUAACCAAAUGUGUGCAGGGGUUGAUGCAAAAGUUUUCAACGAUAGGUUUCGACCACCAACAACUGAAAACAAAUGAAGAUAUGACGGCUUGCACAUUAUGUUCAAGCCAUGAGCAUGUGGAGGUCAACUGCCCAAGAUACGAUCAGGUGAUGGCACAAUAUAAUGCUACGCCUUCUUUUCAGAAAAAAUAUUCAUAAUUUCCAGCAAGGUACUAUUCAGCUACCAGCCCAAAAUUUCAUCCCUUUUUCCUCAAGUUCAGUCCCUAAUUUCAGCCCACAAUAUCCUAAUUCAUAUCAAAAUCAAUCUGAUAUGAAUUCAAAUUCGAUGUAACAGUUUAUGGGACAAAUGAUCCAACAAUUUCCAGAAAAAAAUACAUCUAUGAUGAAGAUGAUGGAGCAAAUUAGGUAAGAAAAUCAGCAAACAACACUUAGGCUAGAAAAAGAGAGAGGUAAACUAGCCUUGGCCCACUCAAAACAUGAAACAGGUCAUCUUCCUAGUCAACUCAUCAUGAACCCACAAAAUCAACCUUCUAAUAGUCAUAAACCAUCUAUAUCUCAAGGUUUUGAAAAUGUAGAAGCAGUGACCACUUUGAGGAGUGGAAAGCAACUCAAAGAUCCAUAUGCACUAGAAUUUUUAGAAAAAUAGGUUCAUGAUGAUAAAGUGCUGAAUGAUGAUAAUAAUGACCAUGAUAGUUUAUUUUCUGAUGAUGAGAACUUAGAGGAAGAAAAAAAAGAAUCAAAAGAAGAAAAAAAAGAGUACCACCCAUUCUUAUUUUAUCACAGCUAGAUGAACUUAGAAAAACAGUCCCCUUUCCUAAGGCAGUAGAACCAAACUUAGGAAAGAGCUGAAUCUAAUGAAGAGCUUAUGGAAAUAUUUAAACAACUUUAGAUCUCUAUUCCUUUGAUAGAUGCAAUCAAACAUAUACCUAGAUAUGCAAAAAUUUUAAACGAAUUAUACACACCUCGUAGGUCACCUCAAAAGAUAUCUUUAUCCGAAGAGGCUAGUGCCAUUAUUUUUUAUUCUUUGCCCAAGAAAUGUAAGGAUCCAGGAGCUGGUGGGCAUAGAAUUAUUCAGCGACAUGAACUAGAGGAGUUGAGGAAUGAAGCUUAUGAAAAUUAUAGAAUAUAUAAAUAAAAAACUAAAACCUUUCAUGAUAAAUAUAUUAGCAGAAUUUUUUUUGAUAUUAGACAAAAAGUGUGGUUAUAUGAUUCUAAGCUGAAAUUAUUUCCAAGAAAAUUAAAAUCAAAAUGGACAAGGCCUUAUGUGGUAGAAAAGGCAUAUGAUCAUGGGGUUGUAAUGAUUAAGUAUUCUAAAAGUGAUCAUAACUUUAAGAAAAAUGGAUAGUGGCUUAAACAUUGUAUAGAAUAUGAAUGCCUUGUAGGAAAAGAAAUUUUAUUAUUAAAUUUUUUUCAAGAGUAUGAUGAAUGCAUCCAACUAGAGACAUUAAAUUCAGCACUACAUGGGAGACAACCCCUGAUUUUUAUUUCAUUUUGUUUUCCUAUUUAAGUUCUUUCUUUCUUCAAAUUUUGUAGUAUUUUUUUCUACAUUUUUUUUUAUUUUUUUCAAAAAAAAAGUACAGGAGUGUAAGAUGAAGUGGAAAAUUAAAAAUGAGGUUGAGGUGAUGUCUUUUUGAACUUUAUCCUUUAUGAUAACAUUUUCAAUGCUCAACUUUGUAUUCAUACAUGCUUCACUUGAAAAUUAUAUUUUCUGCAUAUUCCACUCUAAUUUUUUUUUAUCAUUGAGGACAAUAUCAUUUUUAAGUUUGAGCGCUCAAAAUUACGAUGCAUCACCGAUGCAUCACCGCCAUGACGUCCGAACUCUGUUUUAUUAUUUUUUAACUAAUUUAACUUCUACCAUCAUUUUCUGGACUCCGAAAGGAGAUUCAGCUAAUGUCUAGAUCAUCCAUGUCCAAGGAGAAACUUUGAGGCCGUGGACAUAGUUUGAUGACCCUCUUGAACACAGAAUUCUAGCGAUCGCUAUCGCGAAGCUAAAACUCUACCUUUCUUACUUUUAAUUUUAUUUUCACUUUAUUUAGUGAUAAUUUACACGAUUUCAAUUUAUCAAACUAUUCUUCAUUCAAUUAUGAUUCUUCUGACUUUUAUAGGUCUUAAUUUGAAUAAUUAAAUCGUUUGUAAUCACUUACGUAAGAAUCGUCAGGUGGAACUCUAUUUUUACCCAAGUCAUGUUCAUCAAGUGUUAAAGCUAGAUUUAUGUAGAUUUAUGUGUUUUAAUUAGUUUUAUUAUUUGAUUUUAUUUUGUUAACUUGUAGAAUAAAUAUAAGAUAUAUUGUUAAUUUUAAAAGUCUAAAGUUAAAAUACUUAAUGUAAUUUUUUAUUAUUAAAAUAAAAAGAAUAAAUUUAUAUAAAAAAUCUUUUGCCCGUUGGCAAGUCGACACUCGGUAACUGACCUAGAGGGGGGACAAUAGUCAAGUGGGUAGAUCCAGAUUCGGGGAGCCACGAGCUGGGCUCGAGUAGUGAAGGCCUCGCUCCACACAUGUGUGCGUCGCUCCCCUUUUAUGUCUCAAUGGCCAACUAGUCAUGGGCCAAGGAGCACCCAUACACACGUGCGCACGUGAGGGUAGACCACCUUAUUGCCUUCUCUCAAGAUGGUCCUAGGCAUUAUUUUAUUUUAGGAGAACGAAUCUCUGUUGAGAGAUCGUAGUUUUAGUUUAUAUUCAGCAUGUGUCCAACAUAUUUUCGAUGUGGGACUAAAUGUUUUUGUCUAUUUCUGCACAACCAUUUGAAGUGUAGUGUGAUCUAGUGGUACUUAGAAAGCCACGUCAUCAAAUUAACCAGAUCCUAUAGUUGGUGUGAUAAGUCUUCAUUAUCAUGAGUUAAUAAUUAGUAAAUAAUAUAGUUUUAGCCUUAAAUCAUGAUAAAUAGACUUAUAUUUGUGUUAAAUAUGAAAAGUGGUUUUUAGUUGAUUAACAUGAAUUUUUGGGUAAUUAUGUGAUUUUAUACGAAUUUAUAUGAUUCUUAUAGUCUUACUUUUGAGAUAAAUGAAGAAAACGAAAUAAAAAAUAAAAUAAAAAAAAAUAAAAAAUAAAAAAUAAAAAAUAAAAAAAAUAAAAAAAUAAAAAAUAAAAAAUAAAAAAUAAAAAAAUAAAAAAAUAAAAAAUAAAAAAUAAAAAAAUAAAAAAUAAAAAAAUAAAAAAAAUAAAAAAAUAAAAAAAUAAAAAAUAAAAAAUAAAAAAUAAAAAAAUAAAAAAUAAAAAAUAAAAAAUAAAAAAAUAAAAAAAUAAAAAAUGGGGGGGACCCGCUGGCCAGCCGGGCCAGCAAGCGGGUCGGAAGCACAAUUGGGGAGUAGCUACGAGCAAGGGCUUGAGUGGCUUGGACUGAUAGGGGCACAUGUGCGCCACCCCCCUUCCACGUCACCGGUGGCCAGCUGGCUGUGGGGCAAGGAGUGGUUGUACACGCGCGAGAAAGGAACUUGAUCAGAAAUGUAAUAUUACUAUAUAUCCACUAGACACUUCGCCGCACAAGCGAUGUGGGACUAAACCCGCGUCACACCUUCCUCAGAAAGGGUGGGCAACUGGUGCGGGUUCGAAUCCUCCCAAAGUCAAAACUCAUAUUUUUUAUUUAAUUAUCGUGACUUUCCUACAUAUCGUCGGUCAAGGAUUAAGCAACCAGAAUUGCUAGAUCAUCGGCGAAAAUCUUGUCAAUGUGAUUCACGGAGCAUUGUUAUUAAAAUUGUUGAACGAUUCGUAAUAAAAGUAGUCACAAAGUUGCCGUUUUUCCGCUCUACCAGGUGACAGCCGCCGAAGACGAUUUGACGACCCAUUUCAUUGAUCUCUAGACUUCGCAAGGAGAUCUAGAGAUUGCCCACGUCGUCCUUGUCUAAGGAGAGCCUUCGAGGUCUUGGACACUGCACGAUGAUCCUCCCGAACGCUCAGGAUUCUAGUGCAUCGCCGCCACGAUGCCGGAACUUUGUUUUCUUACUUUCAACUUACUUUUCGCUUCAUUUAGUGAUAAUUUGUGUGAUUUAAAUUUACCAAGAUAUACUUCAUUCAAUUACAAUUCUUCUUGCUUUUACAGAUCUUAAUUUGAUCAAUUAAAUCGUUUGUAAUCGCUUGCGUAAGAAUCGUCGGGCGGAACUCUAUUUUUGCUCAAUUCACAUUCACCGGGCAUUGACAUCAUCUUGACGUCUACACCCUUAUUUCCUUUUUUCGUGAAUUUUAAAUAUAUUUCCUUUUCAUUUCCUAGUAUAAAAUUUAUAGAAAACAGUAUUCUUUGAGGAAAAAUCUGAAUAAUUACCCGAUAUUAUAUUACAACCCGACGUGACUUAGUCAUUGUAUAUUAAAUCAUCGGCGAUCUAUAGGAAAGUCGCGAUAAUCAAAUAAAAAAUAUGAGUUUUGGCUCUAGAAGGAUUCGAACCUACGCUAGUUGCCCCACCCUUUCUGAGGAAGGUGAGGCGGGUUUAUUCCCACAUUGGUUGUGUGCUGAAGUUUUUGGUGAAUAUAUAGUAAUAUUACAUUUCCGAUUAAGUCUCUUUCUCGCACGUGUACGACCACUCCUUGCCCCACAGUCAAUUGGCCACUGGUGACAUGGAAGGGGGGUGGCACACAUGUGCCCCUAUCAGUCUAAGCUGCUUGAGCCCCUGCUCACAACUACUCCCCAAACUGAGCUUUCGACCCGUUUGCGGGCCCGGCUGGCCGGUGGGUCCCCCUCAUUUUGUCUUAUUUUUAUUUUUAUUUCUUUUUCUUCAUUUAUCUCAAAAGUAAGACUGUAAAAAUCAUACAAAUUCGUAUAAAAUCACAUAACUACACAAAAAUUCACAUUAAUCAACUGAAAAUCACUUUUCACACUUUAACACAAAUAUAAGUCUAUUUAUCAUGAGUUAAGGCUAAAAAAAUAUUAUUUACUAAUUAUUAUAACUCAUGAUAAUGAAGACUUCUCACAUCCCUAUGAUCGACUUGGAAAAUUACUGCUUUUUGGAAGUUUGAUUGAAUUAUAAUUGAUAUAUUUGUUCAGAAAUACUUCUAAAUAUUUGAAAAUUGGUAUUUUCUAGUUUUGUAAAUUUUAAAUUUACGUGACUUAUUAUACAACAACUAAGUCAUGUCAAAUUUUGGCAUCAUUGCCGGGGAUGUAUUACAUAAUAUUUAGUAUUUUUCUUAUUUUAUUUAACUCUUGUUGAAUUUUAUUUUUGCUGAUUUUUUUUUUUUUUAGAAAAAGGGAACAAAGAGAAGCAAGGCAAGGAUUGGACCAUGUUGAAGGAGGGUAACAAUUACUAAACUUUUUGCUCGAAUUUAUUGAUUUUUUAUGCAUGGUUGAAGAUCCUUGCAUCCAAGGCUAGAAAAUCCUUUCAUUAUUUCAUUCAAAACUAAAAAUCUGAAAGGAAAAUUAAUUUUGAUGGAUCUUGAAGGAAGUACAGGUCAAACUGAGAACAACCCUAUGGCCAUGAAAAAUUAUUAUAUCCUUGAUUCAUUUCAAAGAGCAUCCAAUAUUAGAGUCCCAUUAGCACACACUAUUAAAUUCGAAAUAAAUCCAAGAAUUUUUCAAAUGCUCCCUAAUUUUCAUGGAUUGCCUUUAGAGGAACCUCAUCAGUAGUUAGAAAAAUUUCAUACGGUCUGUGAUUUAGUUAAUCUCCCUCAAGUUACACUAGAAAUUUUUAAGAUGAAAUUAUUUCCUCAUACACUUAGGGACAAAGCUAGUCAUUGGCUAUCCACAUUAGAUAGAGAAUUAACUAGUUGGAAAGACAUAGAACAUGCAUUUCUUCAAAAAAAUUAUCCCUUAGGAAAAACUCAAAAUAUGAGAAAAUAUAUAUGGAGUUUUUCUCAAAGACCGAGAGAAACUUUGCAUGAGACAUGAGAAAAAUUCAAAGAUUUACUUAGAAUGUGUCCUCAUCAUACUAUACCCAAGUGGCAGCUCAAGAAAUUUUUUUAUGAUGAAUUAUUAGAAUAACAUAGAAAUAUGAUUGAUUCUAUAUGUGGAGGAGCUUUUAUGGAGAAAACUUCUAAUGAGAUUUACAGUCUUUAUGAGAAUUUAUGUGAAAUUCUAGAGAUCAAGCCUCUUUUCAAUUAUAUGACAGAGAUAAGAAGAGAGGAAUUUAUGAAUUACAUCAUGAUGAUGAUUCUAAAUUUAGAAAUGAGGUUAAUCAGAUUAAUCAAAGAUUAGAAAAACUUGAUUUACUUAUUGACAAUAUUAGAAAGUCUCUUAAUCCUCAAUUUAAUUCAUCCUAGGCAAGAACAACUGUUCUAUGUACAUGUUCUAUGUAUGGUGAAAAUGAUUAUUUUGAAUUUCAAUAUCAUCCUAGGCAAGAACAAUUGUAGGUACCUGAUAAGUCAUCAUUAUCAUGAGUUAAUAAUUAGUAAAGAAUAUAGUUUUAGCCUUAACUCAUGAUAAAUAGACUUAUAUUUAUGUUAAAGUGUGAAAAGUGGUUUUCAGUUGAUUAAUGUGAUUUUUGGGUAAUUAUUUGAUUUUAUACGAAUUUAUAUGAUUUUUACAAUCUUACUUUUGAGAUAAAUGAAGAAAAAGAAAUAAAAAUAAGACAAAAUGAGGGGGGGACCCGCCGGCCAGCCGGGCCCGCAAGUGGGUCGGAAGCUCAGUCGAGGAGUAGCCACGAGCAAGGGCUCGAGCGGCUUGGACCGAUAGGGGCACGUGUGCGCCACUCCCCUUCCACGUCACCGGUGGCCAGCCGACUGUGGGGCAAGGAGUGGUCGUACACGCGAGAGAAGGGACUUUGCUUAGAAAGCUAACAUUACUAUAUAUUCGCCUGAAAAAUUGGCACAUAACCGAUGUGGGACUAAACCCGCGUCACACCUUCCUCAGAAGGGGGCGGACAACCGGCGCGGGUUCGAAUCCUCCCAGAGUCAAAAUUCAUAUAUUUUUAUCUGAUUAUCGCGACUUUCUUGCAGAUCGCUGAUGAAGGAUUAAGCAACCAGAAUCGCUAGAUCAUCGACGAAAAUCUCGUCAACGCGAUUCGCGGAGCAUUGCUAAUAAAAUUGCUGAACGAUUCGCGAUAAAAGGAUCGCGAAUCCAUCGAGUAAAUCAUCUCCGAUUGAUCGACGAACAAGCCGUCGUCGGGAAGAGGAUGAUCCGCCGGGAGAUGAGUCGCCACCUCUUGAGAGCGUACCGGAUGCGAUGAAGAGCCUCCUCUUGCUGCGCGGACCUGAGGAUGAAGCUCCCUGACGCGCGCCCCACCUCCAUCCAGCUCCUCUCCGUUGGGUGACAGCCGCCGGAGAGCCGCAAAGUCGCCGUUUUUCUGCUCCGCCGGGUGACAGCCGCCAGAGACGACUCAGCGACCCAUUUCAUUGAUCUCUAGACUUCGCGAGAAGAUCUAGAGAUUGCCCACGUCGUCUUUGUCCAAGGAGAGCCUUCGAGGCCGUGGACACUGCACAACGAUCCUCCCGAAUGCUCAAGAUUCCGGUGCAUUGCCGACGCAUCGCCGUCGCGACGCCGGAACUCUGUUUUCCUGCUUUAAACUUACUUUACACUUCAUUUAGUGAUAUUUCUUUGUGAUUUUAAUUUACCAAAAUAUACUUUGUUCUAUUACGAUUCUUCCGGCUUUUACAACUCUUAAUUUGAUUAAUUAAACCGUCUGUAAUCGCUUACGUAAGAAUCGUUGGGCGGAACUCUGUUUCCGUCUGAUUCCGCUGACGUCAUCCUGACGCCCGCGCCCUUAUUUCCCUUUUUCGUGAAUUUUAAAUAUAUUUCCUUUUUAUUUCCUAGUAUAAAAUUCAUAGAAAAUCAUAUUCAUUGAGAAAAAUUCUGAAUAAUUACCAGAUAUAUUACAUCCCUGUGAUCAACCUAGAAAAUUACCGCUAUUUUUGGAAGUUUUAUUGAAUUAUAAUUGCUAUAUUUAUUUAGAAAUACUUCUAAAUAUCUGAAAAUUCGUAUUUUCUAGUUUUAUAAAUUUUAUAUUUGCGUGAUUUAAUAUACAAAGACUGAGUCACGUCAGUACCCCACAAUUUUAGUAAAAAUAGAGAAUAUUUUUCUAAUUCUUAUAAUCCUAAUUGGGAGAAUAAUUUUUUGUGGAGAAACCCGAAUAAUAUUCAAAAUUUAGAAGCACUUAGAACUAAUUCAAAUUUUCAAUUUCAUCCAAAAUAGGAACACAAAUUUUAGAAAAAUCAGCCCUCUCAAAUCCAACCUAAUGUUAUGGAAAUGAUACAACAAAUGAGCUAAAUGAUGCAACAAACUACGAAACAAAUGGUGUUGCACCAAAAACAAAUUAUAGAGGUUUUUGAGAAUAGGAGAGAAGAGGGACAGCCACCUAGUCAGCCCAUAGAAAAUUCAGAAAACUGUUUAAUAGUAGGGUUUCAGUAAGGAGAGUCUAGCUGGAUAAAUUUAGAAAAAAACUUACGAAAUGAAAAUAUUAGGACAGUGAAUACAUUGAGUGAGAAUAUUUUACCUAAUCCUUAUUUCCAAUUAUUAGAAGAAAUUGAUGAGCCAUUAGAAGUAAAUGAGAAUAUUAAGGCCGAAAAUAUAGUAGUAGAAAAUUUGAAUAAAAUCCUUUAUUGCUCACAAUUGAUGAAUGAAUAUAGUGAGGAUGAUGAGGGGAAAGAGCUCUUAGAUGAAGAAACAACAGCUGAUCAUGGAAGAAUCAUCCAAAUUUUAGUAGAAAGGAGUAAAGACAGAAAUGAAGAAAAAUAUAUUUAAGGUGAGGAAAAAUCAAUUGAUUUGGGAGAUGUAGGAGACGAAAUUAAUAAAUCUAAUCAUAAUUUUGUAGCCAUGGAUGUUAAUAGUGAGGAUGAUGAUGUAUAUCAUAUACCAAAAUUAGAAGAUAGCUCUUGGGAAGAUGAAGAAUUUGAUGAGUUGAGAAACGAAAAGCUAGAAAAAGAGUUGAUUCAACUAAUGGGGAGAAACAAAAAUAAUGAAUAUGAAUAUAGAGAUAAUUUUGCAAGACAAAAUUUGAAUUUUACUGAAUUCAUUAGGUCUGAAAUUAAAGAAGAGAAUCCUUCCAUCCUUCAAAACCCACAGCCCAUUAGAAUUAUUUCUAAGCUUGAAAUAUUUCACUCGCAAAUUGAAUAAAUAUGUAUGGAAGAUAAAAUGGAGCAGGGAAAGAUUAUGCAGAUAAAAGAACACAUUAAGAAAUGGGUGAAUGGAAGAAUUAGAGAUAUCAAUUUAGAUGAAAAAAUUCUAGAUUGGGUAAGAGCUAAUAUGAAAAUUAUAUGGCUUGAUCACAUUUUAUGGUCUAUUAAUAGAAAGUAUUUAUUAAUGAAUGAGAGCCUUACAAAACAAGAUAGAAAUGAGGAAAGAUUCUUUUCAAAAUGGAAAUAUUAUUUUUGGGAAAAUUUUGUUAAUUUCCAUUUUGUUUUGGGUGAAAGUAUGUCAAGGUAUAUAUAUGAAGUAUAUGAAUUUAUGCUAAAUCUGAAAAAGAAUAUCAUGAAACUUACCUUGGGAUACAAAUAUAUUUUGAUGGCCAUAGAUCAUCUUAUAUGAUCUAAGAGCUGUCCAGCUGAAGACGUUAAAUUCAGCGCUACAUGAGAGGCAACCCAUGGUUUUUAUUUCAUUCUAUUCGAUUUUUUUUAAGCUUUGUUUUUCUUAGAAUUUCGCAGUACUUGUUUCUACAUAUCUAUAAGAUAAAGUGGAAAAUUAAAAACGAGGUUGAGGUGAUGUCUUUCUGAGCUUUAUCAUUUAUGACAAUAUUUUUAAUGCUUAACUUUGCACAUAUGCAUGCUUCACUUGAAAAUUAUAUUUUCUACAUAUUCUAUUUCGAUUUUUCUAUGUCAUUGAGGACAAUGUCAUUUUUUAAGUUGGGGGGUGAAGUAUUAAUUAUUAAUUUAUGCUGUAGGACGAUUAAGAACAUGUGUUUGCAUUUUUUUUUCAUGCUCACUUAGAACAGCAACUAAAAAAAUAAAAAUAAAAUAAAAUUCAAAAAAACUGCAACAUCUAUUUUCUGGUUUUCUGUUAGGAACAACAGACUGUCAAAAAUAGCAGACAAAAAAUAGCCGGAAAUUUGAAAUUCUAGAGAACCUUUUCUCACAUUUCAAUGCCCUAGACAUAUAUUACUAAAAUUCGAAAUUACAGCUAUAAAGAGGAUAGUUUUGAUUUAUUUUUGACAAAUUUAUUAUUGCUAAAAAUAGAACUGAAAACAGAAAAUAGAACUGUCAGAACUAUCUAAUUUACAAAUUUCUUACAUCAUAUUGCAUGCAUGAAAAAUCAAAUCAAUUAGAUUGAUUGAUACCAAAAGAUACAAGGAAGAUUAUUAUUGAGUCAAAAGAAUGAUCUAGUAGCAUGAAGUGUUGGAAUACUCCUUGGAUACAUGACAGAUAACAUGAAUUUGAUUUUAUAGAUUUUCACUUCAUGAUCUUGAUGGAUAGUAUUUACUUGAUGUGAAAAUUUGAUUGAUCAUUUGAGUUUAAUGGAGAUUUUUGCACCCUAAUCUAUAGGACUUGUGAGGAGAAAUCACUUAUUUCAAAAAAAAAAGAGAGAGAGCAAUGUGAAAAAUCUAGAAACGAAGAGUACACAUAGAGGGUGUGAGACAUCAUUCUCAUUGUCGAAAAUCGUGCAUAGAAAAACACUUGCUGCAAAAUAAGUGGAUAGAGUGAAAGCCCUGAAAAUGAAGAGUACACAUCAUGGAGGGUGUGAGACAUUAUUCUUAUUGUCAAAAUUUGUCUACAGGAAAAGCUACUUAUCCACUAUAUAUAAAAAUAGAAAAAAGAAGGAAGAAAUAUAGUGUGAACUUCAAAAAUCAAGCCAUGGAAAAAAGGAAAUGUAGGAUCAAUAUUAUUCUUGGAUGAGUAUUGAUAAUUGAAACAUCUUGUAAAUAUAUCUAUGAGUGAAGAAGUGAUAAAGAUGUGAAUAGAAAAAGUGAAGUCUAGAUUGUUAUUCCAAGGAGUGCUUAAAUAUUUAAGUGCUUGACAUCAUUCUUAAAUACUUGAUAUAAGGAUCCAAAGUGUCUAAAGGUGCAUUAUUUCUAAUUGUAUUUUUUUCUGUAUUGAAAUAUGAUGUUUGAGAUUUAUAAAUUUUUAUUUUCGUAAUUUCAUUGCUAAGGGACUACCAAUGAUUUAAGUUGGGGGGUGUGAUAAGUCUUCAUUAUCAUAAGUUAAUAAUUAGUAAAUAAUAUAGUUUUAGCCUUAACUCAUGAUAAAUAGACUUAUAUUUGUGUUAAAGUAUGAAAAGUGGUUUUUAGUUGAUUAACGUGAAUUUUUGGGUAAUUAUAUGAUUUUAUUCAAAUUUAUAGGAUUUUUACAAUCUUACUUUUGAGAUAAAUGAAGAAAAAGAAAUAAAACAAAAUGGGGGGGAUCCACUAGUCAGCCAGGCCCGGAAGUGUAGUCGGGAAGUAGUCGUGAGCAAGGGCUCGAGUGGCUUGGACCGAUAGGGGCACGUGUGCACCACCCCCCUUCCACAUCACCGGUGGCCAGUCGGCUAUGGGGCAAGGAGUGGUCGUACAUGCGCGAGAAAGGGACUUGCUUUUGAAUGUAACAUUACUAUAUAUUCGCUAGAAAAUCUGGCGCACAAGCAAUGUGGGACUAAACCCGCGUCACCUUCCCCAAAAAGGGUGGGCAACCGGCAUGGGUUCGAAUCCUCCCAAAGCCAAAACUCAUAUUUUUUAUCUGAUUAUCGCGACUUUCCUACAGAUCGCCGAUGAAGGAUUAAGCAACCAGAAUCGCUGGAUCAUUGGCGAAAAUCUUGUCAACGUGAUUCGCGGAGCAUUGUUACUAAAAUUGCUGAACGAUUCGUGGUAAAAGGAUCGCGAAUCCAUCGGGUAAAGCAUCUCCGAUUGAUCGACGAACAAGCCGUCGUUGGGAAGAGGACGAUCCGCCAAGAGAUGAGUCACCGCCUCUUGAGAGCAUACCGGAUGCGAUGAAGAGCCUCCUCUUACUGCACGGACUUGAGGAUGAAGCUCCGUGACACGCGCCCCACCCCCAUCUAGCUCCUCUCCGUCGGGUGACAGCCACUAGAGAGCCGCAAAGUCACCGUUUUUUCGCUCUGCCAAGUGACAGCCGCCGGAGAUGAUUUGACAACCCAUUUCAUUGAUCUCUAGACUUCGCAAGAAGAUCUAGAGAUUGCCUACGUCGUCCUUCUCCAAAGAGAGCCUUUGAGGCUGUGAACACUGCAUGACUAUCCUCCCGAAUGCUCAGGAUUCCGAUGCAUCGCCGCCGUGACGCCGGAACUUUGUUUUCUUACUUUCAACUUACUUUUUGCUUCAUUUAGUGAUAAUUUGUGUGAUUUAAAUUUACCAAGAUAUACUUCAUUCAAUUACGAUUCUUCCGACUUUUAUAGAUCUUAAUUUGAUCAAUUAAAUUGUUUGUAAUUGCUUACAUAAGAAUCGCCGGGUGGAACUCUAUUUUCGCUCGACUCGCGUUCGCCAGGCACUAACGUCAUCAUGACGUCCACACCCUUAUUUCACUUUUUUGUUAAUUUUAAAUAUAUUUCCUUUUCAUUUCUUAGUAUAAAAUUUGUAGAAAAUAGUAUUCUUUGAGGAAAAUUCUGAAUAAUUACCGAGUAUUAUAUUACAUCCCUGUGAUCAACUUGGAAAAUUACCACUAUUUUUGGAAGUUUUAUUGAAUUAUAAUUGAUAUAUUUUUUCAGAAAUACUUUUAAAUAUCUAAAAAUUCAUAUUUUUUUAGUUUUAUAAAUUUUAAAUUUGUGUGACUUACUAUACAACGACUAAGUCACGUCGGUGAACCACCAUGAUACUAGAUGUGUAAAGCGAUCUAUCAAUAGUUUGUAAAUCCAACAGCGCUCAACAUGCAUGUGGCCUUAAAAGAUGAUCCAACGGCUAUGGAGGCGCCAUGGUACUAAGAAUUUAAGUUCCCAAUCGGCAGCAGUUCGUAGCGGGUUGAUCUUGCAUUGCUCAGCACGCCACAUACCAAGCUCAUCUAAUCCAGCGGCUUCUGAAGCACCACGAUACUAGGAACUUAAGUCUUCACAUGUAUCACUAUUAAGGAUAUAAAGACAAUAAUCAAUUUUUAUCUAGUAAAAUAGACAUUAUUGAUUAUCUUUAAAAUCCCAACGGCAGUCAUGAAUACGAAAUCCGUUCUUCCCUCCUUUUGCAUGAUCGACGUCUUCAAUGAUUGACAAGCUUCUUCCUUCCUUUCCCGACUUCACUCAAGGCCUCUAGUGAGUGGUCAGCUCUUCCUUUCUCCCCCUUGACGUGACUCAGUCGUUGUAUAUUAAAUCACGUAAAUCUAAAAUUUAUAAAACUAGAAAAUACGAAUUUUCGGAUAUUUAGAAGUAUUUCUAAAUAAAUAUAUCAAUUAUAAUUCAAUAAAACUUUCAAAAAUAGCGGUAAUUUUCCAGGUCGAUCAUAGGGAUGUAAUAUAAUAUCUGGUAAUUAUUCAGAAUUUUUCUCAAUGAAUACGAAUUUCUAUGAAUUUUAUACUAGGAAAUGAAAAAGAAAUAUAUUUAAAAUUUACGAAAAAGAAGGAAAUAAGGGUGCGGACGUCAAGAUGACGUCAGCGCCCGACGAACGCGAAUCGGGCAGAAACAGAGUUCCGCCCGGCGAUUCUUACGAAAGCGAUUACAGACGAUUUAGUUAAUCAAAUUAAGAUCUGUAAAAGCUAGAAGAAUCAUAAUAGAACAAAGUAUAUUUUGGUAAAUUAAAUUCACAAAAACUAUCACUAAAUGAAGCGUAAAGUAAGUUUGAAAGCAGGAAAAUAGAGUUCCGGCGUUGCGACGACGAUGCGUCGGCGAUGCACCAGAAUCCUGAGCAUUCAGGAGGAUCGUCGUGCAGUGUCCACGGCCUCGAAGGCUCUCCUUGGGCAAAGACGACAUGGGCAAUCUCUAGAUCUUCUCACGAAGUCUAGAAAUUAAUGAAAUGGGUCGCCGAGUCAUCUCCUGCAGCUGUCACCCGGCGGAGCGGAAAAACGGCGACUUUGUGGCUCUUCGACGGUUGUCACCCGACGGAGAGGAGCUGGAUGGAGGUGAGGCGCGUGUCAGGGAGCUUCAUCCUCAGGUCCGUGCAGCAAGAGGAGGCUCUUCAUCGCAUCUGGUACGCUCUCAGGAGGUGGCGACUCGUCUCUCGGCGGAUCGUCCUCUUCCCGACGACGGCUUGUUCAUCGAUCAAUCGGAGAUGAUUUACUCGAUGGAUUCGCAAUCCUUUUAUCGCGAAUCGUUCAACAAUUUUAGUAGCAAUGCUCUACGAAUCGCGUUGACGAGAUUUUCGCUAAUGAUCCAACGAUUCUGAUUGCUUAAUCCUUCACCGGUGAUCUGCAAGAAAGUCGUGAUAAUCAGAUAAAAAUAUAUGAAUUUUGACUCUGGGAGGAUUUGAACCCGCGCCGGUUGUCCGCCCCCUUCUGAGGAAGGUGUGACGCGGGUUUAGUCCCACAUCGGUUGUGUACCGAUUUUUUAGGCGAAUAUAUAGUAAUGUUAGCUUUUUAAGCAAAGUCCCUUCUCUCGCGUGUACGACCACUCCUUGCCCCUAUCGGUCCAAGUCGCUCGAGCCCCUGCUCGUGGCUACUCCCUAACUAAGCUUCCGACCCGCUUGUGGGCCCGGCUGGCCGGCGGGUCCUCCCCAUUUUGCAAUAUUUUAGUUUUAUUUCUUUUUCUUCAUUUAUCUCAAAAGUAAGAUUGUAAAAAUCAUAUAAAUUCGUAUAAAAUCAAAUAAUUACCCAAAAAUCACAUUAAUCAACUGAAAACAACUUUUCACACUUUAACACAAAUAUAAGUCUAUUUAUCACGAGUUAAGGCUAAAACUAUAUUAUUUACUAAUUAUUAACUCAUGAUAAUGAAGACUUAUCACCCCUAGAUGACGGUGACAGCGUUGUCGACCCCUCUUUUGACGGAUAUCUCUAGCAAGAAGCGCAGCACUUUUAGAUGAUACUUUUGCAACUUUCAGUGUGGUGUGGCAUGUUCGGACGAAACCAAGACACCACACUAAUGUCUCUAGUUGCCCAAGAGGUAGACUAAACUUAGGCAAUGAUUUAUUUUCUCUUUUCAGUAUUUACUUACCCUCUUUUUUCAUUUAUUUAUAUUUUACAGCAAGUUCUUUCCAUUUCAUGCAAGUUUCAAUUGAAAUGAGUAGAACUACUUUAAAACUUGAUGAAUGAUCUUCGUUCUUCUUCUGAAUCCUCUGAAACUCGUCUGAGAUCAAGCUAAAAUUAUUUUCAACUUGAGUCAUUCACGGUUGACCUCAUGUCAUGUGUGUGAAUCCUCGAGCACACAUUCGUCCAAGAAAAUGGGUUGAUUGUAUUUCUCUCUUUCUUCAUUCUCGUCUUUUCUCUUUCUCUCCCUUUUGCGAAAGAUAUCAUCCCUUCUCUCUCUUGUGAGAGCUUUCUUUCUUUCUCUCCCAUUUGCACAAGAUCUCAUCCCUUCUCUCUCUCGUGAAAGCUUCCUCUCCUCCUCUCUCUUUCUCUCCCAUUUGCACAAGAUCUCAUCCCUUCUCUCUCUCGUGAAAGCUUCCUCUCCUCCUCUCUCUUUCUCUCCCUUUCUCGAGAGAUCUCAUCCCUUCUCUCUCUUGUGAGAGUUCUCUCUUUCUCUCUUUUCCUCCUUCCUUUUCUACACUUUUCUUCCUUUAUUCUUCUCACCUCACCAUUUUAUUUUAUUAUUUCUAUUAAAUAUUAAUUAAAAUUACUUUAUAUAUAAACUAAAUUAGUUUUCAUGACGAAUUAAUCAAUCUCCCUAUGUUCAACUUAAGACUUACUUCUAUACUAAUAUUUUAUUAAGUCUUAAUUAUAAAUAUUAUUAGAUAGUGUACAUUUAAACACAACAACAAGCGCACACUAGGUACUCAUCAGCCACCAGCCCAAAAUUUCAUCCCUUCUUCAAGUUCAGUCCCUAAUUUCAGCCCACAAUAUCCUAAUUCAUAUCAAAAUCAAUCUGAAAUGAAUUCAAAUUCGAUACAAUAGUUUAUGGGACAGAUGAUGCAGCAACUACAGGAAACAAAUACAUCUAUGAUAAAGAUGAUGGAGCAAAUUAGGCAAGAAAAUCAGUAAACAACCCUUGGGCUAGAAAAAGAGAGAGGUAAACUAGCCUUGGCCCACUCAAAACAUGAAACAGGUCAUCUUCCUAGUCAACUCAUCAUGAACUCAUGAAAUCAACCUUCUAAUAGCCAUGAAUCAUCUACAUCUCAAGGUUUUGAAAAUGUAAAACCGGUGACCACUUUGAGGAGUAAAAAGUAACUCAAAGAUUUAUAUACACCAGAUUUUUUAAACAAACAAGUUCAUGAUGAUGAAGUGCUGAAUGAUGAGGAUAAUGAACAUGAUAGUUUAUUUUCUAAUGAUGAGAAUUUAGAGGAAGAAAAAAAAGAAUCAAAAGAAAAAAUAGAAGUACCACCCGUUCCUAUUUUAUCAUAGCAAGAUGAACUUGGAAAAACAGUCCCCUUUCCUAAGGCAUUAGAACAAAAACUUAGGAAAAGAGCUGAACCUAAUGAAAAGCUUAUAAAAAUAUUUAAACAAGUUCAGAUCUCCAUUCUUUUGAUAGAUGCAAUCAAACAUACACCUGCAUAUACAAAAAUUUUAAAUGACUUAUGCACACCUCAUAGGUCACCUCAGAAGAUAUCUUUAUCCGAAAAGGGUAGUGUCAUUAUUUUUCAUUCUUUGCCUAGGAAAUGUAAGGAUUUAAGAGCACCUCUUAUCUCAUGUAAAGUGGGUGAAACUACAUUUAGAAAUUGUGCUCUUAGAUUUGGGAGCAAGUGUUAAUUUAUUACCUUUGGUUGUUUUCAAAAAUUUCAAAUUAGGAGAACUAAAACCAACUUUAAUAGAACUUCAGCUAGUAGAUAGAUCUAUUAAAACACCUAGGGGUCUCCUAGAAGAUGUCAUUAUGCAUGUUAUAGGAUGUAGAUUUCCAGUGGAUUUUUUGAUUUUAGAUAUUCCUAUUUUAGAUAAUCUUUCUCAUGCACCAAUCAUAUUAGGAUGCCCAUUUCUUGCCACAGCCAAAGUAUGUAUUGAUUGCGAAAAAUGA